GCGUUCUAACGGUAAAACGAGUACAACUUUUUUUCGCCGCGCACGGCGGACUGUCGACUGGCCUGGCCUGGCCUGGGCUAUUGCAGCAUCGACUUUAACUGCAACCUACUACAAUUCACUAGCAUGCUCCUAGAUACAUCUUCCCAGUUCUCUUUGCGCUAAUCUUCUCAAUUUAUGGUUCGAUGCAAUGCAAUGCAAGUGUGUUCGAUGACGAUGACGACGGCAAGCCAAGUGCAAGGCAAAGAAAUAUGAAAAGUGUGUGUGCGUGCUAAGCAUGUGCUAGUGUUAGUGUGCUAAUGUGUAUGUGUACGCGUGUGUGCCAACAUUUUUAAGAACACUCUGCAGCGACCCGAUUUAAAUUGGUGUCAAUACUCGCUACAUUGCUCGCUUCAAAGUGGAUUUCGGGCAUGCUGGCGUAGAAAAACGCAUGAUACAAAUAAUCAGAAUAAUAAAGAAUAGAGUGACACUUCCACACUGCAACGACCCCACAGUCCGCACAGCUCGCACAAAUUCAGGAUGGCGCCGAGUGUUUGUGAAACGUCUCCCAAACUGCCGCCCCACAAUUCAAAUGCAGCUGCUGGUGUCAGCUCCAAUGGUUCCGGGCCAACAAAGUGUGGCAGCAACAGCUUAAACGGUUCAUUGGCAUCUUACAAAAUUGCCGGAUCUGAGCAGAGUUGGCCGCAGGCUCCAGUCUUCAGUAAGGAAAAUCAGCGCCCACCAGUCUACAAUCCAGAAGACUAUGUGGUGUCGUUGAAGAAAUUUACCAAAGGAAGUGCUUCGGCUAAGGUGCACUCCAUUUACGAAGUCACGACAAGUGGCACCACCAAGGAAGAGGUUUACAAAUCAGCAACGCUGCCGGCAAAGCAUUCGGACUACAAAAGCCCAAUACCGGCGCCCCCUGAGAGCGACAGUGAAAUGUCUCUCCGUCAGUUUGGCUCCAUAACCGAUUUACUAACCAAACUACGCGCCGACUUACGAGUGUCGUUUCCCAGUUUUGUCCAAGAAUUUGUGGCCACGCCUUUAGAUGGCAUCAGCCAUCUGCUGGAGGUACUGCGCGCCAUACAACUAGCGCAAGCCAGCAAUGCGCCCGCUCCUCUAGCAAGCUCAAAUACCAUGGCCAUGUCACGUAAUCCGCAGAGCUACCAGAGACGUGCUUUGCUUGAUGAACUAUCCUGCCUACAAUGCCUGAGCAUCUGCUGUUCACGAUCUCUGGAUGCCAUAGCCCGUCUAGGCAAUACACCAGUGGGCCUCAUGCCAUUGGCUUCUUCUGCCACCGGUCAGGGUAUUCGAGCUCGCAUUCUGGCACUGCAUUUACUUGCGGCUGCCUGCGAUAAACAGGCCUUCGGAAGUGGGUCUCAGAAGGUGGUUGCCGCCGGUCAUACUGCAGUUUCGGAGGCCAUGUCUACGUUACGUCUACGUUGUAGUGAACCAGUGCGAUUUCGGCUUCUCAUUGGCAUCCUCAACAGCGGAGGUGGUUCCGGGGAACUACAGUGCGCUGGAGUGAAAUUCCUCAACACAUUCAUUGAGAGCGCCAUCAAUAUGCAACAGCGACUUUACAUCCAAGCGGAGCUCUUCCAGGCUGGCUUCGAGCCUACCACAUUAGCUAGGACAAUAUCCUCCUCCUCGCCUUGGUUGGACUCGUUGCGCAGUGAAAUCAAACACUUUAAUGAGCUCUAUAUCGAUGUGGAUAAGAUGAUUCGUCAAGCACGGGAUGCCGAUCGCGUGCGUAGCCAAAUGGUUAUAUUGGAGCGACGUGUGCAAAUUCUGCAUGAGGAGAAGGCCGUGCUGACAUCGAUGGAGCGCCGCUUGCAGGAGCGCUGUGCUGAGCUGCAGCGGGAGAUCUUUCGCCUGCAAGGAGCACAGCAGGAAAGUAACUUUAAGCCCGUAGAAUCACAUGCACCUGUGGCGCUGCCCCGCCAGGUGCCGCCCACAUCGCAGGCGCCAAAGAACAAACAGAUCUGCUCAGAGCACGAAGAUGAGGGGAUCAGCAGCUCCGAGACCGGUGCGUCAUUGAGCCCCGUGCCGAUUUUGGUGCUGCCUCAAAAGCCACCGAAGGUAAAUACUCAACGUCCAAAGCAAACAAGCCAUGAUGAGGAUGAUGAUGCAGCAACCAUUGAGGAUGUGAUCGAGGAGCUCGACAAUAUUGUAAGCGAAGCAGAAAAGCAAAUAUCGGGUCUGAGUAUGAAUACGAGGAAACAUAACAAAACAGUGGAGAAGGAAAUCGUGCCCGUUAACAUUGUGCCUCAGCCACCGCGCAAAUCGCGCUCCCUAGCACAUCUGGUGCCGCGCACAGAGGGUUCCGAGCAGGAAGGCUCCGAGUAUGGCAUGGCAAUGCUGCAGAAUCAAGGGGAUUCGGAAGCAGCCGAACGCUUGGCAGCCAUGCACACGUUCUUCGACGAGGGUGACUACGACAUGCCCGAGACAGACAAGCCGUAUCCCAUCGAAUCACCCGACAUACCCGAAGAGACACACACAGCCGCUAUUGCCUACAAUUCAAACACAAAUCGUGAGUUGCUCGACGUCAUCAUGAACGCACGCCACAGUGAUGAUGAUCCGACCAUGAACGCUCUGCGAAAGAGCUUAUCUACACAAGCCGAUGUCCAAGCAUCUGCACUGCAGAACAGCAACGAGCGCUGCUCCAGCGGCAAUGCACGGUCACGGAAACCACCUGCUCCUGCACCACCGGCACAACAAUUUAAUGGUGUCUUCUUUAUGACCGGCAUGAACACCCCACAGAAAUAUCCCAAGCCGGACAUCACGGCCGCACUUCAGGCACGGCGUGUCACCAAGAAUGUGGAGCGUCUGGAAGCUGCCUUUGCGUCGCACGAGGCUCUCAACGAAGCCACAAUUGUACGCGAGAAGUCACGCAGCAAUCACCAGAUCUAUUUCAGCAGCAAUCCCACCAUGCGGCUGCACGAGCUCGGUAGCAGUGUCUAUCCCAGUUCGGGAAACUUUGUCUCGGCUAACGCACCCACUCAGAAUGCCUCCGCGCGCACUCGCUCGUAUACACAAGGUUCCAAGGUGACGGACCUGCCCUCCGGCCUAUACUAAAGCCACACACCCUCUCGACUUCUGUGCAAUACGUAUUUCACGGAUGCAGCUCAUAAGAUAAACUAUAUACGAGUAUUUAUAAAACCACAUUUAUUGUAGUUAGUCUCUAGAAUCGGUGGCAGUUAAAAUCGGGUUCAUUAUGCUAAUUAGUUCUACAUUUAUUUCAUAUGAAAACUAUUUAUAAGAUAAGCUAUUCAACAAACAUUUUCUCUGCAAUAAAAUAAUACGAGUACUUAUAUUUAAAAUAAAA